AAACGUUUACGUAAUUCCCGUGUUCUUUUACAAUUUGUCGGGUUACGACGCGCACUUCGUCGUCGAGAAAAUCGCGAACGAUUUCAAGGGCGGGGUCGAUCUGCUGCCGCUCACGAAAGAAAGCUACAUAUCUUUCUCGAAGACCGUUAAGGAGACGCAGACGAACGGGAAAUGGGAUCGGUACGUGAAGCUUCGAUUCGUGGACUCGUAUAAAUUUUUAGCGGCGAGUAUCGAAAUCCUGGCGUCCUAUCUGAACAGGGACAAGUUGAGAAUCACGCGUUCGGAGUACGCGAAUUUGAGCGCGGAGGAUCUCGAUCUGUUCACUCGCAAGGGUGUGUUUCCGUACGAGUACGUCGACGGCGCGGACAAACUGCGGGAUACCGAGAUUCCGCCGCGCGAAACCUUUUACAGCUUCCUGACCGACGAGACCGCGAGCGAGAGCGACUACAAGCACGCGACGAGGGUCUGGCGACGUUUUCGCGUGCGAGAUCUCGGCGAGUACAGCGAUCUGUAUCUCAAGACCGACGUGCUUCUUCUGGCGGAUAUAUUUGAAAAUUUUCGGGACGCGUGUUCGGCGAGUUACGGGCUCGAUCCCGCGCAUUACUACACGUUGCCGGGGUACACGUGGGACGCCAUGCUGAGGUACACCGGCGUGCGUUUCGAGCUGCUCACCGACAUCGACAUGGUGCUGUUCGUGGAACGCGGAAUACGCGGCGGCCUCAGUCAAUGUUCGCUCAGGUACGCGCGAGCCAACAACAGGCACGUACCGACGCACGACUCGUCCCAGCUCACUACUUAUCUCAUGUAUUACGACCUCGACGAUCCUGAGAAUUUCGACGCGACGACCGUGCCGACGGACAGCGACGUCGGUUACAUUUUGGAGGUGGAUCUCGAGUACCCGCGAGACCUGCACGACACCCACGCGGAUCUGCCGUUGUGCCCGACGCGCGACAAAACGCUCGGCAAGCGACAGGAAAAACUGCUCGCCACUCUCUACGACAAAUCGCGCUACGUGACGCACUAUCAAAACCUGCAGCAAUGUCUGCGACUAGGUAUGCGUCUGACGCGCGUUCGUCGCGUUCUGCGAUUCGCCCAGUCGCCGUGGCUUCGCGUCUACAUCGAGCUGAACACCGCGCUUAGGACGCGCGCGAGCAACGAGUUCGAACGGAAUUUGUACAAACUGAUGAACAACGCCGUCUUCGGCAAGACUAUGGAGAACGUGCGCGAUCACGUGGACGUGCGUCUCGUGACGCGAUGGGACGGGAGAUACGGCGCGGAGGCGUUGAUCACUAAGCCGAACUUUCACAGCAGGAGCGUCUUCUCGGAGAAUCUGGUGGCGAUCGAGCUGCGAAGGCUCGAGGUAAAAUUCAACAAGCCGAUCUACGUGGGUAUGUCUAUUCUCGAGAUAUCCAAGACGCGUAUCUACGAGUUUCACUACGACUACAUGGUGCCGCUUUAUCGCGACCGUUGUCGAAUUGCCUACACGGAUACGGACAGUCUGAUCUAUUCGCUGGAGUACGAAGACGCGUACGAGCGUAUGAAACGCGACGUGCACAGGUUUGACACGAGCGAUUACGCUGAGAACAACGCGCAUGGUAUGCCGCGCGUCAACAAGAAGGUGCCAGGUUUGAUGAAGGACGAGAACAACGGCGCGAUCAUGACGGAGUUCGUGGGCCUCAGAGCGAAGAUGUACACUUACAAGAUACUCGAACGCGACGACACCAAGAGAAUAAAGAGCGUCAAGAGAAACGUAGUCGCGAAGAGGAUCACGUUCCAGGAUUACGUGGAGUGCCUGCGGAACGCGCGCGAGCUGAAGACACACCAGUCGUGCAUACGCUCGACGCUGCACGAGGUUAACACCGUGUCGGAGCAAAAACUAGCCCUCAGUCCGCACGACGACAAGCGAUACGUGACGUCGAACGGUGAGGAGACACUUCCGUGGGGACAUUACAAAAUACCGUUGUAA